UACACAGGGAAAAAUAACAAUCCAAAAAGGAGAACCAACGUAUUCCCAAAACAUCCCAGUCGAGUGCGAGCUAAUGUUCAGCACAUUGUGGUAUUUUCAUGUUGAAUUUUUUUUUUUUUUUUUUUUUUUUUCCCCGAAAGCCUCAUUUAGAUGGCAGACAAGGCUUUUUGAACACAGAACCGCCUGUAGUCUCCGUGGACCGCUGCAGCUCACUGGAAAAAGGACCUAAAUGAAGGCAACCAGACAAUGUAGCAACCACGAGAUCCCUGCACCCCGCAGACAAGCCAGAGGAGUCUAAUAAACAAACACACAAUCACUGUCAUUAACAUGACAGCCAGUUCAAACCCUCCUCUUCCUCACAAGAAAGGUUUGAAUCUUUCUACCAGGGGAAGAAUCCAAUUUUCUCUUUCUGCACAUCUGUACAGCAACUCUGCAUUGCUGAAUCAGAUUGAAGUAUACCACUUUAUUGCAUUUUUUCCGCUGCUCCCCCUGUCCCUAUAGUAUCAGAUGAUGAUAUUUGGAGAUACGCGCUCAUGCUCUAAAAGAAGCUUUAUGGUUGUGGAAAUUAUAUUAGAAGCUGGAGGUGCAGUAGUUGCUUUUUUAAGUUAAAUUUUCACAACUUUCUCUGCUCUCUUGGGGCCACGUAUAACAUUUAGACAAUCACAUCUGUCAUAUAUUAUGAUUUCACUGAAGCAUGGUGCAGAGACAUGAGCAUGGGUGCAUGAAAACACAUCCUUUGUUAUGUUUCUGACUGUUUUUUUACACACACACACAAUUUGUCCAACAUAAUAUGUUAUUAGUAAAAAAAAAAAAAAAAAAAUUAAAAGAACUCAUCCUUUAAUUUCCAAUUUUAAGUAAUUCAAUUAUUUAGUUAUUGUCUCUUCUUAUUAAGUUGGGGGAAAACAUAUCUUGGCAAACUUCCAGGAGCAAAGAUCUACAUUUAGGAUCAUCCGUGGCCUCACACAUGAGGGAUUAGUCUGGUUGAGGGAACAGGUUGAAACAGGUUGUCGUGGCAUUUGACUGGGUAAGGACUUGGUGUCCAGGCAGGCAGGCAGCGGCUGCUCCUUGUAUUCCCUUCACCCUCAUCUCUAAAUCUGGAUACUAGCAGGACCAGAGGGAUUUCAAACCUUCACACAGGCUACAGGGCACUAACACAGUUCAAUUCUAAUAUCCAACAUGCUGCCCAAAAGUCUAAAUCUGAUGUAUGAUCAAUGGGGGGCAACACAAUCCUAAUUUGCUCAUUGCUUUGCAUAGCUACAGCAUGUCCCCCCACUUUCUCUCUUUCUCACUGUCUCUUCCCCCUCCCUCCCUUCUUCUCCUUCCUUCCCUCUCUCUCUCUGUGCUCUCCUCCAGCCAGCGCAGACUCAUUUAAGUCUGCUGAUGUCUUGAUAAUGUUCCAAAGCCUUCACAAGCAGGUAGAGAAGGAAUUCCUCAGCUCCCCUAAUUAGCAGUAAAUGGACGAUCAGGCCAUGAGUAGGUUUAUGGAUAGUAAAAGACAGCGUUUGUCACCUCCUACAAGGACUAUAAUUCACUUGUAUAACUCAACGUAAAGAAAACCUGCAGCCAUGCGGAAGUCUACUAAGCACUCACAGUAUUUCCAAUAGGUUUAAUAAAGUGGAAAAAAAAUAACAAAUGUAUUAGUAGUUGUCUGAGUUAAGCUUUGGUGAUUAUGUGCUUUACUCGUCCAAUUUAUUUAAUGUAUCACUUAGGUGGAAGCAACUGUUGUACAAUGGAUAUAAACAACAUACUGUACACAAGUGGUGCUGCAAUGAGAGUAAACAUGUAGGAUAUAAUGUUGGUAGAUACAGAUCACAUUGAUCAAAGCUGAUAUAUCAUUAGAAAUUAAGUGCCUGAUUAAUGUAGAAACAAAUCUGUUUAUUAAUUAAAUAAAUAAAAUGUCCUGACACUAAGGAACUAUAUUAAAAUAAACUGUGACUCUAAAUUGAAUUAUAUUACAGCAUUACUACUGAUAAUAACAAUGACAAUAAUAAUAAUAUUUAUAUAUAUAUAUAUAUAUAUAUAUAUAUAUAAUAUAAUAAUAUAUAUAUUUAUUUUUGCUGUAAAUUGUAUGCAUUGCUGCUUUUACGCACACUGUGUCCCUUGUCUGUCCUGUGGGCGGCCACACUAAUAACAACAAUAUUACUGACAAUAAAUAAACAACUGAAUAAUUAAAAAUAACAUGCCUGCCUUUUUUUUCCGGGAGCGCACGUGCAGCAGUGAAGGCGUGGUGUUGGGCUCGUGGGGGGGGGGAAAUGAACGGCAAGUGAAAAUAUGAUUGAGGCCCCUUUAAGAGUUUUUGGCCACUAAACUGUAGCGACACCAGCGUCGGUGCGUAAAGAGCAUCCCUCCUGGAUUGCUUCUGAUAUUCCUCCAGGCUGCUGCUGAUUGGACACCACGUGCCUCCAAUCUGUGAGAUUACAAGCAAUAGUUUUUUUUUUCUUUAAUCUUUAGAAAAAAAUAGAAGUGGAAAAUCUACCGUUUAAUAAAAACAAAAUAAAAUGAAAUGUGGUUAAAAAUAUAUAAAAAAUAAAAAGGAUACAUUGUGCUAUAUGUUGUCUUAUUUUAAUUAGGCGCUCUUUUCGUCAUUCAUAUUAAACAUGCGCAGCCUAUAUAGGCCUCCUGGCGAUAUGUUUUCCUUUAUUAUUAUGGAUGAAUAUGUUGUACCACUAAAGAAUUGUAAAUGAGCUUCAAUGUUGGAUACACUCGUUCAAAACACAAUACUAAAUAGUAAAAAAAAAAUAUGCUGAUUAACAAUUUAUUUCCACCGUCUAAUGAAAAUGUCAGAAUAUAUUUUUAUUAUUUUUUUAUUUCUGCAUGUGCACAUGUUCUUAUUAUGUUCUCAACACUGAUAUAUUUUAAAUUAAAAUAACUGAACAAAUAAAGAUCUCUUUUAGAUCCCAAAGUUGGAUGGCACGUGCGUGUAUAUGCCGUGCGUAAAAGUUAGAUAUUUCCUUUAAUUUUUAUUUUUUGUAAGCCCCUGUUUGGUGGAUUAUUUCGUUACCCACGCGUGCGCCCUUUUUGUGUAAACGCCACUUUAUUGUGCAGGGCUCAUAUCGAGGCACACGACUGGGAGCGCAGAUUUGCGUCUUAAAGAGGAUUUAGGUCUAUUAACAACAAAAGGCGCAGUUCAUGGCACGAGGGAGAAAACCUCGACUUGUGCGUUGAGCCGCAGUGAUGUGAAGCGCGCUCACUGAUAAAUGGAGAGACAUCAAACCGAGUCAUUAGAGGGCUGAGAUAUGAGACUUUCACAGUCAGGACCCAGGACCCAGGGGAUCACACUCCUCUCCGGGCCUUUUGUGUGUUUGUGUGCUGGACUGAUGAACGACUUAGAUAACGUUAAGCCAUUAUGGGCUCACUUAUUCCCAUGAAAAACCCUGUAAAUAGAGGGAACAUUUUUUCACUGCUGAUAUCUAUCGAUUUUACAGCCCAUAUUUGUAAACCACAAAGGAUUACACAGUGAAUACUCAAAAGGGACCACGAAUUUAUUAUAAGAGUUAAAUAUUAAUUAUAGCAUUUGUUCAUGAUUAUGUGUUUGUUGCUGUUAAAUGCUGGCUAUACUUUUCCCUCGUGAUUUUACAGUUUGCAUUUAGAUUCAUGUGAUUAAAUGUUUUAAAGUAUAGGCAGGUAGAGCUGGAAAUAACUUAAAAAUGGCAAAAAAAAAAUACAAUUUUUGUCUGCACUAAAUUUUGUGGAAAACACAAAAAGGGUUGGGGCCUAAUUACAUUUUACUGAAAUCUGUUGUGAUGUUUGGAAAUAUUUAGGCUUGAGCAAAUCCAUGUUUUUUCAAUUAAUUUUUUUAAUUCUGCUUGAUAAUGUUGAAUCUGUCCAUAUAGCUGCUUUUAUAUAUUUUUAGAAUUGUGCACAUUAGAGAAGUAUGAGUCCUCUCAGCUGAGGUUAUAGGUGCUUCAUCGACAGACACAUAAACACAUUUGUCAACUCAACAAACACCAAAAAAAAAAUAUCAUGGUGGCAAUCCCACACAUUUGUAUCUCCUCUAAUCGCGUUAAUUAAAUUUCCACCGAAUUAAUUAGACAUAAUAACAGCCAUAAUAUAACAGCCAGCCAUCCUCUCCAGGAGUGAGCCACCGUGGGCAUUUUAAUGACCCCGUAAUUCAAUUAACCGCCUCCAUCAGCUCCAUCAUUGAUUUGUGGAAAAAGAAGAAGAAGAAGAAGAAGAAAAAAAAAAAAAGCUGCUGAAAGUUGAAUUCUGCAAAGUCGAGCUGGCCUGUAAUUGCUCAAGACACAGAGAUCGGAGUGGAAGAAGAGGAAGAGGGGGCUGGGCUGAAGGUGGCCAAGUAUAAAUAGUGAGCUCUCAAAUACACAGUCACAACAGCAGGAGUGAUCUCACCUCCUCUCUCCACCCCUCCUAUCUAUCGCUGCUGCUGCUGCUGCUGCUGCCAGCCUCCAGAAUAAAAAAAGAGCGUCUCCGUGAGCAGUAGCUGCAUAGAGACGGUGUAAAAGGUACACACUGAGACUAUUCACGGUGGAUUUCCCAGACCAGGACCACUACUGAGCGACAAGACCAUGGAAGAACUUACGGCAUUCGUGUCGAAAUCUUUCGAUCAGAAGACCAAGGAGAGCAGCAAAGAGAGUAUCACGUACAGGGAAGUUUUGGAGAGCGGCUUGACGCGGCAGAGAGAGCUGGGCAGCCCGGAGAGCAACCUGCAGGACAUAACGGAGGGCACACACUGCCCGGUGCAUCUGUUCAAGGAGCACGGAGAGCUGGACAAAGACAAACACAAGGACUUUAACGUUUCCAGGUCGACUGAGGGGAUAUACGAGUGUAAGGAGAAAAAGGAGGACGUGAAGUCUGAGGACGAGGACGCACAGGGCAAACUGAAGCAGCGGAGGAGUCGCACUAACUUCACCUUGGAGCAGCUCAACGAGCUGGAGAGGCUCUUCGACGAGACGCACUAUCCGGACGCCUUCAUGAGAGAGGAGCUGAGCCAGAGGCUGGGACUGUCCGAGGCCAGGGUGCAGGUCUGGUUUCAGAACAGAAGAGCAAAAUGUCGAAAACAAGAAAACCAGAUGCACAAAGACAUCUUUCCCUUCUCUCCAGGUGUCAUCCUGGGCGGCGGCAGUCACCUCGACGCCUGCAGAGUAGCACCCUAUGUCAAUAUGGGUGCCCUCCGGAUGCCCUUCCAACAGGUGCAUGAUGUCCGCGGUCAAAUCCGGGCUGAAAACCUUUUUAUGGUCCAAGCCCAGCUCCAGUUGGAAGGGGUCGCCCACACCCACCCCCACCUGCACCCUCACCUGGCCGCUCACGCUCCCUACCUGAUGUUCCCGCCUCCCCCGUUCGGACUACCGAUUGCAUCGCUCGCCGACUCGGCCUCUGCGGCGGCGGCGGUGGCGGCGGCUGCCAAAAGCAACAGCAAGAACUCGAGCAUCGCCGACCUGCGACUCAAGGCAGGACUUCUGCGGGGCCAGUGGCUCAGUCCACUCCAGGCACAGAUCACAUCCCAAGGACCGUACAAACACAUGUGGAUGUCUGUCUGAGUGCCGGGCCGGGGCCCGUCAGACCAGAGGACGUUAGAACAAAGCUAACUGGCAGGCAGCAGCAGGGCCAAAAAGCAGAGCCUUCACUGACGCUGGCUGCCGCCAUGUUGACAAUGCAGAGGGUUUGAACAUGGGGGGGAAACAGACCCACCUCACCGAGGCAUUGGAACGGCUCUCACCUUUACCCCCCGCCCCACCCUCGCUAGAAAAACGAAGAAAAAAGAAAACCUUAAAAAAGGCCAUAUUUGUCUCCAACCACUGUGUUCCCUGCUGCUGCCAAGUGCAUGAGCUCUAAUGGAGGACCGUUCUGGGACCGACCUCCGUCCACACCUGACAUAAACGCUCGACAACUGUUUUUAACACUGCCAUUCGACAUGCCCUCAACCCCCCCGCCCCUCCCUACACCUACAAAGUGAAAGGUCUCCAUUGCGGUGUGAUAUCCUGCUUCUUAUGGACUUGUGCUAUAACAAAAGCAACAACUCAUUUUUUCCUUUGUUGCCGAGGGGAGAGAUGUUUGGGCAUGUGCCGGCGAGACUUUAGGUUUGCAUUUUCUCCUCAAAGCGUGCUCCCUCUCUGUCUUUAUUUCUUUCUGUUUGUUGUGUUGUAUCCUGGGUAAAGAAGUGAAGAUAGCCUUUGCACUUCAGGUCUUGUAUGUGGGCGUUUACAAAUGGCACACUACAAGCAGAUACUACUUUACUAAUUAAAGGGGGAGAGGGGGAUUUGAUAUUGUAUCAUGUGAUCAGCGAAAAGGACAUUAUCUUGGAUAAAGGGUAUAACAUGCGUUCCUUUUUUUCUUUUCUUUUUUUGUAAUUUCUGAAAAUAUGAAGAAAGCAUCAGUCAAACUGAAAUGCAAUGGUGUGCAGUUUAAGUGCAAUACUGUAAAUAGCAAAAAAGUAAAAAAAAAAAACAGCUAGCAGUUAACCCUCAACGAUAAAGAGACCCAAUGAUUUUUUUUCUCUCGGAGUGUUUGAAUUUCUUUGCCAAACACACCAGUUUUUCUACAGCAGUGUAUAUUUUAUUGAGUUCGAGGAGAAGUCACUCAUUACCAGGUGCCAUAUCCCGCGUAACCUCCUGUGUAUUCAGGUGUCACUUGUCGAGGAAAACAUGAGCACAUUUUUGGAUGCUGCAAAAAAUGUGGGACGGGUUCUAAAUAAAUAAUUUAAAAAAGUUAUUACAGCAAAUCCAUUUACUUUUGGAUAUUCCAAAAUGUUCAUAAUAAAACCAACAAAUCCGCAUUGUAAUCCAAAACCAAGCAGUUGUUUACAAUAUGAUUAAUUCUGCAUGUUUUACGUGACAUUUCAUUAUUAAUUUCCUAUAAUUCAAACUGUAUUUUACAAAUUGUUCCAGACAAAAGCAGAACAUUUGGAUUGUUUUGGAUUAUUUUGACAACCUUAUAAACACUGCUGUCAGAGCUGCGCUACACAUGUAGAUCUGUUGAAGAUCUACGUACCUCUAACAGUCUCCAAAAAACACACAUUUUCUCUGUUACCAGACCUCCGUUUAGAAUCGUUUAUCUAUGUCUCCAUUUUAAAUUAAACAUAUGGGUGUUUUAUUUAUUAUUAUUUUGUUUGAAAGUUUAUGAAAGGUGAAAAACUACAAGUGUACAUUUUUACAUGGCUUUGCAUUUAUUUUUGUAUGUUUUUUUUAAAGUGUUAAAUUUGAAUUAGGAGGUGUGGCUGUAGUGCAUUGUUUGCCUAAAAAAAAAAAAAAAAAAAUGUAGCGUGUCCGAGUUUACAAACAUUUCAGGGAUGGUUGAAUUGAACAAUACUCCAUGGAAUUUGUUGUACCCAUUAAAAAAUGAUUAUCAUUUCAUAUGCAAGCAUGCCUAAACAUGAAUCAUCAUCGUACAGUUUGUUUUUUCCCCUUUUGAUUCGCAAAAUAUGAAUGUACAUCUUGUACAAGUAAACUAUCAAUAAAGUUAUAAAUAUUUGUA